AUGGUGAGAUUUGCUAGCGUGGUGGUCGAGGUGUUUGGACCUCAGUACUUGAGAGAACCAACUAUCGCAGACAUUAAAAGAAUUACGGCACUCUCAGAAGCAAGAGGAUUGCCAGUGUGCUUUACUGAUCAUAAGCUCCCUACACUUUUAAAAAAAUUGAAGCAGAAUUCAUAUAGGGAUACAAAAACACGAAGUGGGUCGUGUGGAUGCGGAAGCUACAAGUGGCGGCGACCCGAGGAAGCAAAACAGGAAAAUCUCCACAGUCAACAGCUGUGUUGGGCCACGGCCCGCUCAACACGCGUGGGAGCGCCUGCCAGCGCUGUAGGCGGCGAGUGUAGCUCCCAUCGGCGGUCGGCGCCUGAAGAGCUGAGCGGCCGCUCCCGUCGUCCUCCACGCCGCCGUCCUUCCUCCGUCUCUCAAGCUUGUUUCUUUUGCUUCUUUGUCUGCACUCCCCAACCUCUGGUGCGCCGGAGUGAACUCGGACAAGCUGUAGAUAGGGUGGGCCGAGGGGAUCGAUGGUGGCCGGCGAGCACCGGCGCCGGCAACGGGAGUGAUGGAGGAGGCGGAGGGACAAGCGCCGUGGUGGAAAGCGCUCGCGGUGGAGCGGGCUGGGUCUGGCGCCGCCGGCAGCUUGGGCUCGGCUCAGAGACUGCACGUGAUUGGUGUAAUGUUGUGGAUAAACCAAAGGCAUAUGUAUGCGUCCUUGGAACUUUGUCAUUGACCAACAUAUUCUUACACCAUCUUCAGGCACCGAGCCUUCAGUUAAGGUGUGGCAGGGGAACUCAUCAGAUUAGCUUGUGAUGCUACAAAUGAUUCUCUGAUUAGUGCUGGAUACAGUGGUUA